GAUGCUCUCUCUCUCUUUCUCUCUGUGUGUGUCGGAGAGCUAGUGUAGCGGACAUCUCGUCGCACAGACAUCUUCUUCUCGGUGUUCAAACCCGGCUGGAUUGUAGUGUUGGUUCAAAGAGCGUUUACCAAACGGAUCCUACUGGAUUGUUGGGACAAAGUUUAACCGGAGACGCUUCUUGCCUCACCGGUUGGUUCAGACCCCCUGGUUUGUCUUGGAGUUUAACCUGAUCGUUUAGUUCAUGGCUCAUUUCUGGACCUUUCUGGAUUCUGGCUGUGUAUAGGACGGACGCGCGCGCGCUCCAAGCCCCAUCAGCAAGCGUGUCGGACUGCAGGAUGCGUCUCUGCGCGCGCCGCGCCGCUCUGACUGGAGGACACGAGCUCCAGCAUCAGUGUAGAGUAGAGUAGAGUAGCGUAGAGUAGAUUCCCCGAAUUAAAAUUCAAGCCUGAACUCUCUCUUGUUUUUCCUGCUGCGCGACUUUCUAAUCACGGACGGACGUGGUCACACCGCCAAUGCAUUCAGACGGCAUCCAGCGAAAAUUUCAUCGCUUCAUAUCUUAUCGAGAGUGAAACAAUCAUCUCAUCCGGAGCGCAACGCAACGACUAAAUGAUCCCUAGAGGGGUUUAACGCGCACCACCACUUUUCCAACAUGUUUAAACGGGGCUGUGGGCUUGAGUUCCUGCUGGUGCUCUGUGGGUUGGAGCUAUCCUGGUCCUGCCCACGCCACUGCAUCUGUUACUCUGCCCCCAGCACGAUCAGUUGCCAGGCCCACAACUUUCUGUCUGUUCCUGAAGGCAUUCCACCCCACAGUGAGCGUAUCUUCCUUCAGAAUAACAAAAUCCACCAGUUGCUUAAAGGCCACCUCAGUCCUUCUACAGUAACACUCUGGAUCUACUCCAACAACAUCACCUAUAUUGAGCCAACCACCUUUCAAGGGUUCACCCUCUUGGAGGAACUAGACCUGGGAGAUAACCGCUACCUACGUUCUCUAUCUCCAGAAACCUUUCAUGGGCUUGGCCGUCUUCAUGCCCUCCACCUGUACCGCUGUGGCUUGAGUUCACUGCCUAAUAAUAUCUUUCAAGGCCUUCGCAAUCUGCAGUACUUAUAUCUGCAAGAUAACCACUUGGAGUACCUCCAGGAUGACAUCUUUGUGGAUCUACACAACCUAAGUCAUUUGUUUCUUCAUGGCAACCGCCUGUGGGGCCUGCAUCAGAACACCUUCAGAGGACUGCAUGCUCUGGACCGGCUGCUGCUACAUCACAACCAGCUGCAGUGGGUGGACCGUCUGGCUUUCCAUGACCUGAAGCGCCUCACCACAUUGUAUCUGUUUAACAACUCCCUGACAGAGCUAUCUGGUGAGUGUCUGGCCAUGCUUGGUGCUUUGGAAUACCUUCGUCUCAAUGACAACCCCUGGGAAUGUGACUGCAAGGCCUUGUCUCUGUGGGACUGGCUUAAGAGGUUCCGUGGCUCCACAUCCUCAGUGGGCUGUGUAGCCCCAGCCAAUCUGGUGGGAAAAGACCUAAAGCAAUUAAAGAAAGAGGACUUCCCUAAUUGCUCAGGAUCAGAGUCCCUGCACCAGAGCAAGACCAAAUUGUGGGCUGGAACAGACAAGGUCUCACUGAAGCAAGAGCCUCAACCUGCCCAGCCUCCACAACCACGCCCUCACCACCCCCACCUUGGUGAACAGUUUUCCUCUCUGCCCACCCCUUUCCCCCAACCUCCCCCUGCAAUUAAUGGAGUACAGGCAGGAACAGGAGAUUCCCCAAAUGCAGUGACUCCUCAGAGGCCUGGUCGUUCUCGGAACUGCACACGCCCGCGGAGCAGGAGCGGGAAAGGAAAAGGGCCCAACGAGGUUCAUACUUCGAAGGAAAUGGCAGACAAGGAGUUUUCAUCAUCUGACUUCACUGGGAAAUAUGACCAUACAUCCCCUGAUAGUUUGACCACACGGAGAAAGAAUAAAUGUACUCCCCGGACCACUGUGCGUCCCCCCAGUGGGGUCCAGCAGGCCACCAACAUGGGCAAUUCCCAGUGGCUCCACCUUCCUUUCUCUAGUAUUGUGGGACUUCUUGUGCUGCUAAGUGCUAGAUUCAUCGUACAGUGAAAUUGAUUUUGGUGCAUUGUAGCUAAAUGAAAACAAUGCAGUUCUCAGAUUCAAUCUAGCUCCAGCCUUCCAAGGCCUCUUUACACAAGUCUCUGUGUGUGCAAGUGCGUGUGUAUGUUUAAGGGUUGGGGUGGGGGAUCAUUGUGUGUAUGUUUAAUAAUAUAUGUAAAAAAAAAAAACACUUUAAGGAUCUUUGCCAGUUAGACACUAAAGUAGACACACAUGCUUAUGCAUCAUAUGCACAUAUCUGUGAAAUAGAUACAUAUGAGUGAUGAGAGACGUAGUACGAGCAGCCUUUGUUAAGCAGUUAUGCUUUCACUGCCAUUGUUGCCAAAAUAUUUAAAUUUCCACUUGGGUCACUGCAAACCUAAUCACAAGCGAUAGCUAAGCAGCAGUACAUGCAAUUGGAAUAUAACAUGCAACUGACAAGCAGGGUUGCUAAACCGAAACUUAUACAAUACCAAUCAUAAGAUGGUAUUGUAGUACACAUGCACAUUUUUCUCAUUACCUUUAAGUUCUUAUAUAAAUAAACCGCAAUGUCAUUAAGAAAAAAAAAAGUGAUAUUUGUAAAUCCAGUCAAGUUUUACCUUCAACAUGUCCCGAGUCACAGUCAUUGGCAAACAGAUUUCUUUUUUCCCUUAAACAACAACUGAAUGUAAUAUUAUAAAUAAUUGCCUCAUCAUUCUGAAAUAUAUGUCCUGUUUAUUUACCUAAUCCCCAACAAUGAUGUGCUUGUUAUGGAAAUAAAUAAGUUAAGAACCAUGUAUAACAAGAUACCACAAUUUUGCUAUUCUUAGUGAAAUUUGUGAACUCAGCAGAUUAAUUAGGAUUAGCAGACAAAAAAACAUUUACUUUUCAAUUUUAUCUUAUUGCCGUAAUGUGCUGCAACAAUUCCAUUCAAGCUUUGUUGACACUGUAGGAAAAAACUGAACUCAAUAUCAUUUACACUGAACAGUCAGGCUAUAAACUACUUCCAUACUUUACAAAACAAUUUGUCAAUUUCAGUUAUUCAGUGCUUAUAAACUAAGUAGACCAAAUCAAAAGCCUCAUAAAAAGCCAAAUAGUUGCCAAAACAUUAUGCAUUUUAUAUAUUCACUCACCAUCCACUUAAAUAGGAACACCUGUACACCUGCUUAUUCAUGCAGUUGCCUAAUCGGCCAGUCAUCUGGCAGCAGGUGGUACACUAAUGUCAUCCAGACACAGGUCAAGAGCUUUAGUUAACGUCAAACACAGUUCAUAUCUAACAUCAGAAUGAGGAAACCUAGGAUUUAGCUGUGGCAUGGAUGUUGGCAGCAUAUGGGCUGAUUUGAGCUUUUCGGAAACUGCUGAUUUAAAAUUUUCGCACACACACACACACAACAGUCUCUACAGUUUACACAGAAUGGUUUAAGCUGCGAGGAGGGAUCUAAUAACUCAUAUAAUUACUCUACAACCAUGGUGAGCAGAAAAGCAUCUCAGUAUGCACAGAAGAUUGAACGCUGUGGUGGAUUGGCUAAAUAUGCAAAAGAGAAUAUCAAGGUUUACUUAAAUCCCUAUAGAUAUCCCAUCAACUCAGAUCAGUUAUUCUUCUCUAGUCACUCUCAGCAAUGUGAUGUUUUAGCCUGCAGAUGCUCCACACAAAGAACUCCAGAGAAUGCUGCAUGUGUAAUUCCCAGGAGAUCAACACUUUCUUAAAAAAAAAAAAAAAGAUUCAAAAAAUCAUCAAAAAAUCAACCCAUUUGCCUUGGGUAUUUACUGUACCAUUAACCAUGCCGUGUCAGUUUAGAGAGAUCACACUUAAUUCUGAUGCUUGAUGUAAACAUUAACUGAAGCUCUUGGUUUGUUUCUGCUUGUUUUUUGUUAGUUCAUUUUUCGUUUGUUUGUAUUUUUGCCUCUUGUUGCUGCCAUCUAUCUGGCGGACUGAUUAACUGCAUAAAUGAGCAGAUGUACAAGCGUUCCUAUAUACAGUCAGGUCCAAAAGUACUUGGAUAGUGAGACAAUAUUUGCCUCAGUACAUCACCACAAGAGACUUAUAAUAGAGCAAUCAAGAUGUAUUUGACGUGUAGAUAUUCAGCUUUCAUUUGAGGGUUUUAACAAAAAAUAUUGCAUUAAUACUUCAAGAAUGAUCAGACUUAAUCUUUUUAAAGGUCCUAUAUUUUCACAGGCUCAAAAGUAAUUAGACAGUUAACUGAUGAGCAGUUUAAUGACUUAUCUUGCUGAUGCUAGUCAAGUAGGCCAUCAUUAAGCUCAAAACAAAAUACACAUACAAAAGAAAGAAACUUUAGGAGUGGUCAAAUCAACAAAAUGCAGGAAAUGCCUAGCAAAGCACCUGUAAGAAAACAUAGCAUUAAGGAUUUGGGUGGGUUCCAGACCUCACACAGUCUUUGACUACAAAGUUUCUUGCAUCCACGGACUGAGAAUAGUCCUAAAAUUUAUGAUUGUUGGUUAAUCCAAUUAUUUCUGAGGCUGUAAUACCUAAAUGGCUAAUGCUAUAUUUUUGUUAAGCCCCUUGAAUUAAAGCUGAAAAUUGUGCCACUGUCCACACAUUUAUGGAUCUGAUUGGAUAUUUCCAAUGUUUAUAUUUAUUGCAUUAGCACAGUUCGGAUUGUUUUGCAACAACACAUUAUGGAUCCUAUUAUAACAAAGCUGCUAUUAAUGUUUAACGAAGCAAACAGGGUACAUUUGCUUCAAGUGUGUGUGUGUGUGUGUGUGUGUGUGUGUGUGUGUGUGUCUAGGAUAUAAAGCUCUGGAAAUCUAAAGAGUUGUAUUUGUUUAUUGUCUUCUGUGUUUGUUUGAUUUGGCUGAGCUGGGAACUAGAGAUGACCUUCUAAUGGGGCAUGAAAACAGGAAGUGCCCUGAGAGGACAAAGGUCAAAUAGGGAUGACUUUUUUUUUUUUUUUUGCUAACAUCCCUCUGUCUGAACUGCCUAUUAAAAUGGACACUUUUCACCCUUAAAAGGCUGUGAAACCUACAAUUCAACAAUACUAAGAAGAUACAGGAACAUAUUCCUUUAAAUAACUUGGUGUGAUGUAUAAUAGUGAUUUUCAACAUACCAUGGCCAAAAAAAAAGCACUUUUGGAGCCACAGGACAAAUAAAUAGAUGUCCAGGGGAAAGACAGUUUGUCUGUUUUGGACAGAAGGGGAAAGUCUGGAUGGAUGUUCAAUCUCCAGUUACAGGCCCAGGGGAAGGCUGGAGUAUUGUGCCUCCUCUACUAAGAAAUUCUUUGUAAAAUAUAACAAACUUUAACUGUUUAAACAGUUUCAUCAGCUGGUAGAUGGACUUGUGACAAAGAUAAUGUUGGUAUCAUGAAAAAAUUAUCCAUGAAUGAAUGACAUUUAUGAUGACAACAGGGUUUUUUUACUUCUCAAGCAGAGAAGUACAUUUCUCCACAGUUUUUGCUUUGUCAUUUUUUAUUUGGUUCUUACAUCCUUUAGAUUCCAUUUUUAAAGACUGCACAAUCCACCAUGCCUCUCUCUC